CACGGAGGACAGCAUAGCAUAGGCUGCACUCUUCUUGUUCGGAACUCCAUCCUAUCCUAUAUCUCCCCUCUUUUUCCUGACCAUGAGUUCUGAGAAGGCUAUGCCAUGGUCUACUGGCCUCUGCGACUGCUGCGAGGACGUCGGCAGCUGCUGCCUGACAUGCUUCUGCCCAUGUGUAGCCUUCGGUCGGAUCGCCGAGAUUGUCGACAAGGGAUCCACCUCGUGUCCGACGGGUGGAAUGCUGUAUUUUCUAUUGAUGUUGGUCGUCGGACACGGCUGGAUAUACUCGUGCUUCUACCGGACCAAGCUGAGACAGGAGUACUCGCUGCAGAAGAAACCCUGCAAUGACUGCCUCGUCCACUGCUGCUGCGAGGGCUUAGCCCUUUGCCAGGAGUACCGGGAGCUCCAGCGCCGGGGCUUCGACAUGACCAUAGGGUGGGAAGCGAACAUGCAGAAGAAGAGGCAGGGGGCGACGUUACCACCAGGGAUCCCUGAAGGAAUGAGCCUCAGUAGACGACAAUGCCCUUGGUCCGCAUUGCCGGAGAAGGCACGAGAAAUUAUUGCAUGCACCAGGUCCAAGCGAACCACGGCGGAUAACCCAUUACCUUGGUCACGUCAACCCAUGCCACGGUCCAAGUCCACCCUCCAAUGCGCGUCCGAUAGUUUCCAGGUCGUGGCCCCGGGAGUUGCUCUCAGAUGUUCUCCAUGUCAUGGCAUACCAUCACAUAAGAACAAGGGCUCUCUUCUCUCCUCCUCCCACAACUCCGUCCCAUCUCCUUUCCCCACCACCACCAUGUAUCCCCCAAAACCGGACUCCGGUUAUCCUCCGGCGAUGGCGCCACCACCAACAACGGGCAUCCCCAUAAGCUCGACCAACCAAUUCUAUGCCCAACCCGGUCCUGCCACCUUCCAUGUUCAUUCUCAGGCUCCGGUCCCAUGGUCCACCGGCCUCUGCCACUGCUUCGACGACUGCAGCAACUGCUGCAUCAGUUGCUUCUGCCCAUGCAUCACUUUCGGCCGGAUCGCGGAGAUCGUCGACAAAGGAUCCUCCUCGUGUGGUGCGAGUGGAGCGCUGUACGCGUUGAUAUUCUGUGUGACGGCGUGUAGCUGCUUGUAUUCGUGCUUCUAUCGAACCAAGCUGAGGGCGCAGUACUCGCUGCGGGGAAGCCCCUGCACCGACUGCCUCGUUCACUGCUUCUGCGAGCCCUGCGCCCUUUGCCAGGAGUACCGCGAGCUCAAGCGCCGUGGCUUCGACAUGACCGUCGGAUGGCACGCGAACAUGGAGAGGCAGGGGCAGGCGGCGACGUUACCGCCUGCGAUUCAUGGGGACAUGAGCCGUUGAUGGUUCCAAAUUUGUCAGAUGUCUCUCAAGGACCCGAGUUUAAUCAACCAUUUCAGGAUAGGAUGCAUAUGCUUUAUUCCUUUCCA